AUGGCUGGAUCACGUAGACUUCAAUUGGCUGGAUUAGCCUUGCUCGGCGGUGUUUCCGCCCUGCAGAUGCAGCCGCAGGAACUUGGACAACAAGCACCGAUGAUUGCCGACGAGGUGCCUCUCGUCUUGACCUCUCCCUCGACCCCGUCCUCGUCCUCAUCCUCGUCCGAGAAGAAGCCCUUGAUUGAUACCGAGGCACUCCAGGAUACCAUCAAGGCCGACAACCUCCUUGCCCGUGCGAAGGAGUUGUAUGAGAUCGCCAAGCUGGGCGAGGAGGAGUACAACCACCCUACACGCGUAAUUGGAAGCGACGGCCAUUUGGGAACUCUGGAUUACAUCAACUUCAACCUUGCCAAGCUGGGUGACUACUACAAGGUCUGGAACCAGACCUUCCCCGCCGUCUCGGGCAAUGUCUUCGAGUCCCGUCUCGUCAUUGGCGACCAUGUGCCCAAGUCUGCUUCGCCUAUGGCCCUGACGCCGCCUACCAAGAACAAGGAGCCCGUCCACGGUGAUCUUGUUCUGGUCGAGAACGAUGGUUGCGAUGAGUCCGACUACCCGGCUGAGGUGAGCGGCAACAUCGCCUUUAUUCGUCGCGGCACCUGUGCCUUUGGCUCCAAGAGCGAACAGGCUGGCAAGGCUGGAGCUGUUGCAGCUGUUGUCUACAACUACGAGAGCGAGACUGUCCAUGGAACUCUUGGCACCCCCUCCCCUAACCACGUUGCAACCUUUGGCUUGGGCGGCGACGACGCCAAGCCCAUCCUCAAGAAGCUCCGGAAGGACAAGAAGGUCGAUGCCAUUGCUUACAUUGACGCCAUUGUCAACACUAUCCAGACCACCAACAUCCUCGCCCAGACUACUGAGGGUGACCCGGAUAACUGCGUCAUGCUCGGCGGCCACAGCGACAGUGUUGCCGAGGGACCUGGCAUCAACGAUGACGGCUCCGGCAGCUUGACCUUGCUCGAGAUUGCGACGCAGUUGACCAAGUUCAGCGUCAACAACUGUGUGCGCUUUGCUUGGUGGGCAGCUGAGGAGGAGGGUCUGCUCGGAUCCGACUACUACGUCUCUGUCCUCUCUCCCGAGGAGAACAAGAAGAUCCGUCUCUUCAUGGACUACGACAUGCUUGGUAGCCCCAACUUUGCCUACCAGAUCUACAACGCGACCAACGCUCUUAACCCUACCGGUUCCGAGGAGCUGCGCGAUCUGUACAUUGACUGGUAUAAGUCUCACGGUCUCCACUACAUGUUCAUUCCCUUUGAUGGUCGCAGUGACUACGAUGCCUUCAUCAGAAACGGAAUCCCUGGCGGUGGAAUCGCUACCGGUGCUGAGGGCAUCAAGACUAAGCUGGAAGCUAAGAUGUUUGGCGGCAAAGCUGGUGACUGGUACGACCCUUGCUACCACCAGCUCUGCGACGAUGUUGGCAACGUCAACCUGACUGCCUGGGAGAUUAACACCAAGCUGGUCGCCCACUCUGUUGCCACAUACGCUCUGUCUUUCAAGGGCUUCCCUGAGCGUACCGAUACGGCCGUGGCCUCUACCUACGCCAAGGAGACCAAGUACCACGGCAGCAAGCUCAUCAUCUAA